UUUUCGAUGGAUUAUUGAGCCAGGGUCACACUGCAUGCAUUUGGGAGAAAAGUAAAAUAAAAAAUAAAACAAAGCAACAGCCGCAUUCAAAAUGGAAGUGUGUUAACGACGACGUGCUUUAGGGGGCAAUUUUGCUCGUAUCUACCAAACUCCCGGAUCCUGCAACCUCAGUUUCUGUCCGGAAUGCCCCUGAACGAUGUGGCCUCCUCCGGCGUGGGAGUUUAUCCGGAAAAUGGCACCAAGCACAAAGCACAGGGCAUGGCGAAGCCAGACUCUUCAGCCGGCUCCAAUUCCGGCUCGGGAUCGGGACUCUCGCUAUUCUCCUUGCAGGGCCAAAAGUGGCAGCAGGUCUUCGACUUGGACAAAGUCAUUAAACAGCUGCGUACGGCUGAGAAAACCUAUCUGCGUGGCGGGAAGAACUCCUCCGCCGGGGGAGAUCAGCAGGCGAAAGUGCAGGUCCAGCGUCUUCAGUCGGCUGACAUGGCCUACUAUGAUCUGGUGCCCAAGCUGGCCAGCCGGGAUAUAGUACUCUGCAGUUCCUGCUCGGGAUGUUACACGAAGGCAGGCUUCCAGCAUCACAUUGCACUGCAGCAUCCGAGCGUUUGGGAGGCCACAUCCAGCAAGGUUAAUCCCAAUCCGAAUGGGACAACCAGUUCCAGCGACUCGCGUCUCACUGCCACGGAAAACAGCCAGGAGGGCGGGGCCAUAGUGCCCAGUUCGCCCACGGACACACUUUCUGCUUCGACGCUCUCCAGCUGCUCAAACGGGUCAAGCAGCUCAAACUCACUGCAGCAUCCGGCUGGGGCUGGAUCUUCCUCCACCACCACCUCCUCGUCGUCGUCGUCGCGUCACAAGAGCAGUAGCAGCAAGAGCAGCAGUUCUUCCUCAUCCAAGGGCAGCAGCAGCACUUCCACCGGGAGUCGUUCGCGGUCAAAGUCUUCGAAGAACCGCCACCACUCCUCACCUGCUCCAGCGCCAGCGUUGGAGUCCAAUCACAAGGACUCCAAAGGAUCAAAGAAAGGUGCGGCCGUUGUGGCGCCUCCAGUAGUCGCGCCUGUUAUCAAGGAGGAACCUCCAGCUGUAAUAGCUGCCCCGGCUGCCAUCACCUUGUUCUCCUCCUCUAGCAACUCGUCCUGCAGUUUACCGCCCACUCCCACGUUGGGAGCAACCUCCAGCGAGGUGGCACUGGGGGUCAACUACUCACCUGCCCAGCUCCUAACGGAGGCGGAGAAGCUGCCCGAGCUGCAGCCAAAGAAAAAGCUUAAGGGCUCCAGCGACCAUCGAACAAAAGUGGAUAAGGAUAAGAACAAAGAGAAGCCCCUGGUGAAUCCCUAUGAGCAACAGCAAGUGCUCAGCGAGCUAGAUCAGGCAGUGUCCUCCAUCACGGGAGCGGUCACCUCCGAACCGGUGGCCCCCGAAGAGGAAGAACUGCCCCUGCCCAACACCUCCGAUGAGAACUCCAUUUCACAAACACUGGACGAAAUGCUGGACAGCAAGCUGAUCAACGAGAUUCUCAAUAACUUUGACGAGAGUGCUUUGGACACAUCGCAGCAGCAGUCGCAACAGCAAUCGCAGAAUGGAACUCUUCCGCAUCCCGCUCAGGCGACAAAAAGACUGCGUUUCGAGGACGGUACCAUUGGCGAGGACUAUACCGUCUAUCAACAGCAGCCGGGGCAACAGGUUUACGGCGAGGAGGAGCAUCAGCAAGAGCUGACCACCAUCGAUGCCAUUCAGCUGCAGCAACUCAUCUACCAGCAACAGCAAAUGCUAGAUCAGCAGCAACAGCAGGAGCAGCAGCAGCAGGUGGAUCAGAAGCUACAGGAUCACGAUCAGCAGCGUCAGUUCAGCGUUUACAACGUGCCAUCUCUGACGGAUGAGGCGAUGACCAAUCCGCAGCAGCAGCAACAGCACCUAGAGGAGCACAUGAUCCUGCCUAACAUCAUUUACGAGAUCAGCGAGUCGAAUCCCGUUUCCAUGCUGGAGCAGCAAAAGGUUUUGGCCGAAUUCCUAACCCAAGCUGGCUACGAAAAUGUGGACGUGAAUGUCGUGCAAUCAGGCAUGCACUCAGGCUUGAGUUCUGGGACGGAGACGAACCACUUGGCGGAUGAGCUGGGCGACUUUGAGUUCAGUAAACUGGAGACUGUUAGCGACACCGUUAAGACUGUUAAGCUGGAGGCCAAGGCCGCCAGCCAGCCACCCACAACAAAUCCUCAAAUCAACCAUCAUCCUUCGCUGGCCAAUGCCAAAUACCAUGAGGACAGCUUCUUCAAUGUGAUGCUGUACUCUGGAUCGCCUCGUCCAUUAGCCAUGAACACAUUCGGUAUGGUCAAGAUGCCCCACGGAUUGGGUGUGACCUUCCGAAAGAAUCUGCUAACCACGCGGAAGGCCAACAAUAGUUUGUUGUCCCUGACAGGUGGUAGUCAUAUGGGUGUGGUUGGACAACUGGCCCGCCCUCCACCGGCGCCCUCGCCAGCGUUGAGUAAUGGUUUUCCGGGUAAAAAUCCUGCUUCAGGCAGAACCAUCUAUGCUCAGAGAUCGAAUGUCAUAGCACAGGAUCGAUUAAGAUGCAAUAAGAGGGCGCUGGUCAGUGGCAAAGUUGGAGGAGCAGCAGCAGGAUCAGCAGGAGUCAUGACAGCCAAGCGUUUGAAUGAGCUGUUAAUGGGAAAGGUCAAAAAGGAGGAAAAGCCACCACCGGAAGGGGAGGAACCCGAACAACCGUUGAAGGACAAGGAGCGCGAAAAGGAGGAGGAUAACAAGCUGACGUUCAGUUUCUACGAGAAACGCCGCCGACUGUUGGCAGGCAAACAGGAGCAGCUGCAGAACCUCGGCCGACCCAGCUUCAACCUGCCGCUCCAAAAUAACCACAAUGCCAGCCAAAGUCAAAGUCACUCCCCACAGCAGCUUCUCAAGAAGCAACUGCUGCGCACUUUAUCCGACAGCAGCAGCAACAUGAACAUCAGCAACAUGAACAACAUCAGCAACAUGAACAGCAUCAGCAACACUCCCAGCGCCAAUAGCAAUCCUCCCUGGAAGGGGAACAAUUCCAAUCCGGGAGGCAACUCCACUCCAACCAGCAGCGACUUGAUGCGCGUCUUCGUCUGAUCUGAUCUGAAAUUCAGAACCCGCGGACGCGCAUCCCUAGUUAUAUGUUUAUACAAUACGAUCGAUAUGUGCAGCCUCUUUAAAUGCUAAAUUAAUUUUUUAAUAAUUUUUUUAAAUCAAUUCUUCAUUUUUUAAAAGUGAUAAUUAGUUAUCGAUUAGUUGAUUGUAUGUAGUUUUCUGUUUAGUCUAUGCCCUAAGUUAAUUUAAUAAAUAUACACAUAUUUUUUCGUGGCUAAGCAUAACUAAGUACUCGUAAACCAUUAUUUAUAAACGCUGUAAACUUAAAAAAAUACAAGAGCAUGCCUAAGUUCAAUUCAAUUU